GACUCCUCAACUCCUCCAGCUGGUGCUGGUAUGCUUUCGCUUUCACCACAGAGCUCGGUUCCGGUGCGUAUGCUCAACUGGCGCAGGCCCUUGUACCGUACGGGUCAUGAAUAUUGUGCCUUGACGGAAAAUCAGCUUUUGUUUACUUUAAGGCUACCCCGCUGAUGCAUCCUCAGCGCCAUCUCUGGCCCUUUUCUACUUGAAAAAGAAGCCAAGUACGUAGAAUGGCCUGAGGGAAGCGGUGGGGGAGCGGUGCCUCUAAUUACGGCGCGGGAGCUCGUGGGGGCAUCGUCUAUGAAAAAUGAGACCAACAAGUGGCUUCUGGACCGGCUUCUACUCCACGACGAGGCAACAAAGCAGUGGCUCAGAAAUGAGGCUGAAUCGACACCUUCACGACCAGUCCCGAUAAAAUUAGUGAAAAUUGACACCGAUAGUGAUGAGGACGGUGCGAUAUUGCGUGGAUUCUUAUCUGCUAUGGAGAUUGGCGAGGACGCUCCUCUCGAGGUUGAAAAUUAA